GGGGAAUGGAUGUCAUCAGUCGCUCAUGCCCCGAUAUAGCGGGCUAUCGAUGGGCGACAGCAUGUCAGGCGGAUGCACCCUGAAGCCGUACUCACUCCCGCUGCUCCCCCUCCCAUGGUGGCCAUGCCUGUCGUCAUCGCCCAACGAGUCAAGCAAGGGCGGGUGCCGCAUCGACGGCAUAUCGCCCGGCACGCUCGGCACCUGCCGCAGCGCACCUAGUGGCAGCCUCGCCGCCAGAGAGGUCAGGCUUUGUGAGGGGUGGAUGUGCAUUUCUGCAGGGUGGCUGCUGAAGGAGGCAGCGGCAGCCGCGGCAGCCGCGGCAGCGGGAGGGUGGUAGAAGGGGAGGGGCUGGUCGGCUGUGUCGGGCUGAUUUGGCGCUUCUGACGGGCUGGAGGAGGGGGGCGGGUCGGGGGGGUAGGUGGUGGAGGAGGGCGCGGGGGGAGUCCCUGCAUAAAUAAAGAUACACACGCACACACACACAUACACAUGGGUGUCUGCAAGUGUGUCUGUGAUGUGAGAGGAUUGAGGGUUGCUCACCGGCCAUGAGUGGAGGGGGAGGGUUGGGGGGCUGGUGGAAGGUGAGGAAUGACGAGUACGAGUCCACACGGAGGGGCUGAUCGAUCUUCUCAAAACUCCAACCACCCUGACUCACCGAUAGCACCGAUACCCACCAGACAGACCAAACACACGGAGAACAGGACAUGAGGACACGUACCAUUGAAUGCAUUGCCUUGGUGCGUGGCAGGCCUGUUGUGCAUUUCUUGUCUCACUGACGGGAUGUACGGUGGGUGUUACCUGUCCGUCAAACUUGAGGAGGUAGUCGUGGUACUUGAGUAGAUUCAGCCGGUGGGAAAUGGAGAUGAACGUGAUCCCUGAGCCAGCAAGAUGGUGUGAGCGAAUGGAUUCCAUCCAUCAGCCAGCGGACUGUAUGUAACUAACGUACCCCUCUGUUUGCACUGUGAGUAGAGGUGGCCUUCGACGUCCACCGACACGGCACUCGUGCACUCAUCUGACCAACACAUGUCACACCACACACAUCCAUGCCAUGAUGACGAUGACAGCCCCCACCGAAUAUGGCCUGUGAGCGACACUGACUGACUGAUGUGAUAUAUGUGUCUGCAGGCACUACCCACCCCACCCCACCGAGAAUGGCGAAUUCCGGCUGGUGGUAGCAGAGCCUCGCCAUGGCCAGCCGCUGCUUCUCACCGCCAGACAGACGCUCAUCCCAGUCAUUCCUGUGCAAUCAGUCAAUCAGCGGCAUAUCGUAUGCUUUGCAUGACAGCUUAGCUUGCAUGUGUGUUAUGUGGUCCGUCAGUCAGUGCACCAGUGCAGUGCACUCACCAUGUGUCCCAUCCGUAUGGGCACCUGUUGAGGAGGUACUUGAGCCGCACCAUGCCGAACAGUUCUUCCAGCUCCCAGUCGGUGCACCCCUUCUGAUAGCACUCCUCCUCUGUGUCGGGAUAGAUGAUCUGGUCACGCAACGAACCUGACACACACACACACACACACACAGAGAGAGAGAGAGAGAGAGAGAAAGUGCCCUGUGGCUGUGUGUGCUGCUUUCGCCCAGACAGCACACCCUACCGUACCUUCUGGGAAGUACGGCCUCUGCGGAAUGUAGAAGAUCUCAUGUGGUGGUGGCUUGUGCAGCUCCCCGCCCAGCAGCGGCCACAGCUCACCCAGUAUCCGGAACAAACUGCCUGCACGCCAACCACACACACACAUUCAUUCACUCAGGGAUGCCGCGAGAGCCUCCCUCCCUGCCCGCCUCUCUGUGUGUGCGCCCUCAGCCGACUGACUGACUUUUGCCGCAUCCGUUGGGCCCAAUAAUGAAGACGUUCAUGCCUCUGCGCACCGAGAAGGAGAUGUUGUUGAUGAGCAGGUCGCCCGCCGGCGUGACGAUGGGCACGUCCACAAAGCGGAUCUCAUCGGAGGGCACUAUGCGGCCGCGAAGAGGGGCGUGAGAGGGGGAGGGGGGUGGGCGAGCCUCGCUCUCGGGGUACUGGAUCGACGGCUGCAUGGAUGAAUGGAUGGAUGGAUGGAUAUGACAGCAUAUCCAUCCAUCUUGACUUACCUGUGUGUCUGUGGUGGAUGUGGUUGUCUUUGGGACGAAUGCCGAGUAGUGGCCUUGCUCGAGGUCGGCAAGCACAUCCUGCAGCUCGCUUAUCAACGCCGUAUACCCUACACACAUACAAAGCGAGGGAGGCACACUGGGCCAUGUCAGAGGUCCCCCCCCCCUUCUCCCCUCUCUCCCUCACUGUCUUACUGACUGACCUGCCAGCAGCUGUAGGUCCUUGUACGCGACCACGAGCUUGCCAAUCGCCUUAGCCAGGUUGAUCAGCAAAGAUGAGUUGCGCACGUAGUCCUGACGCACCCACGGACAUGUAGGCACACAGUGUGUAGUAUCCCCUCCCUCUUUGUCUCUCUCUCUGUGUGGCAUGGCAUGCACUCGCCUGCGUGAUCUGUGUGGGGUCGCUUUGGACUGAGUCGAGGUAGGCCUGUCGGUUGGGGCCGAAGACAGGCAGCCCGACGACCGUGUAGCCCACCAGCACAGCGCCGUACUUGACCAGCAAUGAGUCGAAGCAACCCAUGUAGAGACGCCUGCAAACAAAACCACAAUACAUACACCGUGUGUAUUGUAUUCUGUCCAUCAUUCUACAUGUCAUUGUCACUCAGUCAGCUGACUGAUAUGUACACCACCCACCUGACUUGCAGAUGCUGCAGGUGCGCCACCACCCGCUCAAAAGCCGACUUGACGCGGUGCUGCUCAAACACAUUCCCCCUACACAUACACACAUGCACAGAGAGAGCUCAAGUCCUCCCUCCAGCAUGCCAUCCCAUGUCGGUAAGCUCUUCUCUUCCCUGCCUCACCCACCUGUAGAAGGCGAUCUGUUCAGCAUUGUUGACAAUGUCAGCGUGGACGGCCCUGUACUCGCCCUCCAGCCGCUGCUCCUGCGCCGUGUACUUGCCGAACGGAGGCGACACCGCACGAAUCGCCAAACCUGCACACAGACAGGCCAUAGCAACAUGGCAUGGAGUGUGUGUAUGUGUGUGCAUGCGGCGUACCUGAGAGGACGUACCAGCCCAUGGCUGCGAUCGGUCCCUGAAUGCCGACCAGCUCCGACAGCUUCCGUGUGAACAGCACAAUGUCCAGCAGCGGCUUCAAAACAUUGCUCACGAGCGAGCUGAGCGCCAGGCUCCACCGCUCAAUGUCCCCCGUCAGCCGCUGCUCGGCGUUGGGCAGGCGAACGUCCAGGUGGCUCAGCCGAUAGAAGACCAUCUUGUCCAGGUAGCGGCUGCAGAAGUGCUCCGACAUGCGCUCGCGGAAGCAGAGAGCCACGUCCUUGCCGAGGUAGUCGAUGUAGCUGUUGAUGAACGAGGCCGGCACGGCGUACGCCGCGAGGGUGCCGAUUCGCCGAAUGAACAGCCGCAGGUUGCGCUGCACGAUGGCCUUGACGAUCUUGCCGUUCAGAGCCGCUAUCCAUAUGCUCAUGAAGGUCCGAGCCACCAGGAAGGCGCACAGCAGGACCAGCAGCCGCACCUCGCGACACGCGAUGCCGGGGAUGACGAUCUUGACGAGGCCCAGCAGGCGGCGGACGAACAGGGCGUCCACUUUGCCACGACCAUGGAUGUCGAAUGGCCCCGACGAGCCGCGGUUGUCCUCCUCCUCGGCCUCCUCCGGUCCCUGCUCGCGGCUGGAGCCUCGCCUUGGCCGUGACCGAAUCCGAGGCUCCUCUGUACGCGCCUUCAGCUCUGAACACACACACACAGACAGACAGACAGACAGAGAGAGUCACGACGGGUGGUUUCGUUUUUGAUUUCGUGUGUUUGCUGUCUGGAUUGCAUGCCAUGUGUUGUGUCGGCUCACGCACCCUGUUGGUAGUGGUAGUACGCCCAUGCCAGCACCGCCGCCGACACCCACCCGAGCUUCCUGCUGGGCGAACCGAACAAUCUCGCCAGGAAGGCCGCAGCAAGGCGACUGUUUCGCCUCCUACUAGAUGGCGAGAUGCUUGCUCCCGGAGGCAGCAGCCCUCCCGCUGAGGCCUUGACAGGCCCAGACGUCAUCGAACCAACCUUGACUGCCUCUCUCUGAGAAGAAAAAGACGAUGAACUGCGUGGUGACUCUCCACAGGUUGGCACAAGAGAGGCCUUU